AUGAAACCAUCACCCCACCCCUCACCACCCUCACAACCCCAACAAACACCACCCCCAAUACCGUCAUCCCACCCCUCACCACCUUCACCAUCCCCAUCCUCACCAACACCACCAUCACAACCCCAACAAACACCACCCCACUGCCACCAUCACCACCACCACCCCUCACCACCCUCACAACCCCAAACACCACCACCACCAACAACAACACCCCCACCCCUCACCAUCCUCACAAACCUAACAAACACCACCACCAACACCCCUACCCUCACCAACACUAUCCUUACAACCCCUACAAACGCCAACCCCACUACCGCCACCCCAACCCCCACCACCACCACCUUCACCAUCCCCAUCCUCACCAACACCACCCUCACAACCCCCACAAACACCACCCCACUGCCACCAUCACCCCUCCCCCCAACCCUCACCAACACCACCCUCACAACCCAAAUAAACACCACCCCUAACAACACUACCCACGCCACCACCAUCCCCACCCUCAUCAACACCACCCUCACCACCCCAAUCCUCACAACAAACACCAACAUCACCACCACUACCGCCUCAACCACCAUCCCAACCCUCACCAACACCAUCCUCACAAACCACACAAACACCAACACCACCAACACCGCCCCCACCAUUCCAAACCUCACCAACACCACCAUCGCCUACCCCCUCCCCGAACCCCCCACCGCCAACACCACCCAAAUCCUCGACACCCCAACAAACACCAAUAUAAGUUGA